GACUCUAAAAUCUAUAUAUUUAUACCUUGUUAUUAAUAAUUACCUUCAUCUCACGGCCACCAUUUAGACUUUACUCUAAAGCUUAGAAAAAGAAAAGAAAUAAUCAUAUAUCAUGGGCACUGAAACAAAUCACAAAGUUCCUGUCAUUCAUUUUUCCAAAGAAAACUUGAAACCUGGAACGCUUUCUUGGUCCUUGGCCUGCAAGGAAGUUAGGCGUGCACUAGAAGAGUACGGAACUUUCACAGCAGUGUAUGAUAAAGCUUCAAAAGAGCUUGAAAAUGCAAUUUACAAAGCAGGAAAAGAGUUGUUUGAUCUCCCAUCAGAAAGCAAAAUGAGAAACAAAGCUGAGAGGACUUUCCAUGGUUUUCUGGGAAAUUCUCCCAUUAUCCCUUUGCAUGAAAGCUGUGGCAUCGAUAAUGCCACAACUCUAGAAGGUGUAAAAAAAUUCACAAGUCUCAUGUGGCCAGAUGGGAACGAGAAAUUCAGUGAAAAUGUGCUUUCGUACUCAAGCAUGGUGGCAGAGUUAGAUCAAAUGGUACAGAGAAUGAUUUUUGAAAGCUAUGGUGUGGAUAAGUACGUUGAACCUCAUAAGGAGUCCACAUAUUACCUUCUUCGUCUCAUUAAAUAUAGACCACCGGAGGCGAAUGAGAAUAAUUUAGGAUUUCGCGCUCAUAAUGACAAGGGCUUUACAGCAAUAGUCCAUCAAAUUUACGGAGAAGGAUUGGAGAUCGAAAAGGAUGGCGACUGGAUCCUCUGCGAGCUAUUGCCAAAUUCUUUUGUGAUCCUUGCUGGAGAUGCUCUCAUGGGAUGGAGUAAUGGCAGAAUACGUUCAGUUAAACAUAGAGUCACUAUGAACACAAAAGAGAUGCGGUUUUCUACUGCGCUUUUUGCAUUCAGUACUGGAAUGAUACAAAUCCCAGAAGAGCUAGUUGAUGACCAAAAUCCAUUGCGGUUUAAGUCAUUUGAUCAUCAAAAGUUCCUUCGUUUCUUCGAGACAGAGGAAGGCCGGAAGGCUGACUCUCCUCUCCAAGUUUACACCGGUGUUUGAAGACUAUGAACUCUUGUCAAGUUUAUGUUGUACGUAAAUGUAUGGAUUAUAAUAUCGCAGUGUGGUUUGUUUCUUAUGUUAUAGACCGUAUAAGUUUGAGUUUCUGUUACUCUAAGCUUUACGAUGUAAUGAAUAUUUCCAUUUCAAAUAAAAUGAAAGAGUCCAUUUCAUCAUAA